GCAGCAGAGGAUUUGCAGUGUGUCUGUGUCUCUCUUUAUAUAUAAAUAAAAAUGUAUUUAUAUAUUGAAAAAUUGUGAAUUGUGUUUUGGGCAUGUUUGUUUGAAAUUAAUUAAGGGUGGGUAGUGGAAGGAAGCAUAGGAAGCAACAAGAUAAAAAAGCAGGAUGACACCACAUCUUCUGUUUUCAUUCCCAUUCUCAGUUUUCCCUGCCAUUCAAUUUUUCAUAUAAAUAAACUUUCAUUAUUAUUAUUAUAUUAUAUUAUUAUUAGUCUUUUUUUUUUGUUUCCAUCACCAACCAUUCAUCUUUUGAAUGGUGAAUUUCCCAUCUGGGUUGUUCCCUUUUUUCUCUUGAUCUCUUCACCUUCUCUCAAUUUCUUCUUCUCUGAUCUUAGAAGAAAGAAAGAAAAAAAAAACUAAAAAAUAAAAAAAAUAAAAAAAUAAAAAAUUUGCCUGCUUGUGCCUGGUUCCUCUCUUGGGUGGAUUAGAUAUUUUGCUUGAGUUUUUUGAUUGAUGCUCCAAAGAUCCGAUUCUCUUAGAUCGAAUUUGGCAAAACCCACUUCGUAUCUGAUUGAAGCACCAACUGGGUUCUGUCUGAGAUUCAAGAUAAGAACAGAUGGAAUCGGAUCUUGGCAAGCUCUUCAUUGGGGGAAUUUCCUGGGACACUGAUGAGGAACGUCUCAAGGAGUAUUUUGGGAAAUAUGGAGAGGUGAUAGAGGCUGUGAUCAUGAGAGAUCGCACCACUGGUCGUGCUCGUGGUUUUGGUUUUGUUGUCUUUUCUGAUCCUGCUGUUGCUGAAAGAGUCAUUAUGGAUAAGCACAUAAUCGAUGGCCGCACGGUUGAAGCUAAGAAAGCUGUUCCCCGGGAUGAUCAGCAAACUGUAAACAGACAGUCUGGUGGCAUCCAUGGAUCUCCGGGUCCUGGGCGCACCAAAAAGAUUUUUGUUGGAGGUUUACCAUCAACAAUCACUGAAAGUGAUUUUAAGAAGUACUUUGAUCAGUUUGGUACGAUCACUGAUGUUGUAGUAAUGUAUGAUCACAACACCCAAAGGCCAAGAGGUUUUGGCUUCAUCACUUUUGAUUCAGAAGAAGCUGUGGACAGAGUUCUUUAUAAAACAUUUCACGAACUCAAUGGAAAGAUGGUCGAGGUCAAGAGGGCAGUUCCGAAAGAGCUUUCCCCCGGACCUACACGGAGCCCUUUGAUUGGAUAUAACUUUGGUUUGAAUAGGACCAGUAACUUCUUAAACAGUUACGCUCAGGGUUUCAAUAUGAAUCCAAUUGGAGGUUAUGGAGUCAGGAUGGAUGGUAGGUUUAGUCCACUUACUAGUGGUAGAAGCGGGUUUAACCCAUUUGGCUCCAGUAGUUUUGGAAUGGGAAUGAAUAUGGAUUCAGGAUUGAACCCAAGUUUUGGAGGAGCUUCCGGUUAUGGUGGCAAUCUAGGAUACGGCCGUAUGAGUCCUUUCUACAAUGGCAACUCAAGCAGAUACACCACUCCUAUUGGCAAUAAUGGGGGCAAUGGGAGAAGCGAUUCUCUUGCGAACUCGGCUUCUAGGAGUGUUUGGGGAAAUGGUGGCCUGAACAAUGCCGCCAAUAAUCCAGUCAGCCCUGGUGCUUACUUGGGAUCUGGAAGUGGAGCUUUUGGUGUUUCAAUUGGAAAUAAUGGCACAAAUUGGGGUCCAUCAGUUCCAAACCAAGGUGGAGGGGCUGCUUCUGGGUAUAGUACUUGGGGUAACACUUAUGAAAGUGGAGAUAACAGCAUUGGUUUAGGAGGUGGAGGUUAUGGAAGGAACAGUAGCCCAAGUUUGCCUCAAUCCUCAACAUUUACUGCACCAACUGGUGGUUAUGAAGGAUCCUAUGGGGACUUGUACCGCAGUGGUUCAGUUUAUAGUGAUGCAGCUUGGCGAUCUGCUGCUUCUGAGAUAGAUGCUUCUGGCUCGUUUGGUUAUGGACUUGGUGGUAUAGCUUCAGAUGAUCCAGUAAAGAGUUCUGAGGGUUUUAUUGGAAACUACAGUGUAACAAGUAGACAACCUAAUAGAGGAAUUGCUGCUUAGGAGAUAUGUAAUUGGAUAUGUUAUGAUAACAGUAGUAGAUGAAGGGAAACUGCUAAAGAAAAUGAGGUAUUGUGAAAUCAUACAUCUCUGUCAGCUCGCAAGGAAAUUCAUAAUAUAUAGCUAACGGUGUUCUUUCAUUUGAAGUAUACAUAAGCUAAAUCAGUUACAAGGGAUUUUGUGUAAGGUUUGGGAUUUUGUUCUGUCGUCUUUUUGAUUUUUCAAGACUAGGUUCCUUUCUUGGAAUUUGAUUGAGGUGUAAAAUCAGAUUGCGGGAUAUACUCACGAAGAUUGGUUCCAGUAGUUUAUUAAUAGUGCAUUGCUGGAGAGAUGCACCAUCGUUACUCGUUAGUAUGCUUAAUGAUAGUUUAUUAAUUUUUGAAUUUUUUCUGCCACUGUAAUGCUUGGCAAAGGUGUUUGUUAUUGUCACCAUCUUUUUUAUGGGACAUGUUAUCUGAUCAAAUUGUAAGUGAAGUUCAGUUUGAUUUAUCAGGUUUGAAACAUGCGAGGGGUAUCCAUCUUGGAUCCCCCAUCAAAUAAUUAGUUACUGGACAGAUAUUAUUUUUUUGUUAGACCUUUGUUAUACAGCUUCAUACUUGGUUUAUUGUUAGUCAAAAUUUGGUUCC